GAGGAUGAUAGAUUGCUGUAUCUGCUUGCGACAGGAGCGUCCACGGCGGCAGUUGCUUCAUCCACUACCUUGGCCACGCAGUCCAGCUGACGUUGACCUACUGGAAGCUUGCUGCCGCCUUCUACAACCGGAGCAUCGAGUUUUCUGGACAGUGACGACACGUAAUCUUUAAACCCUACCACAUCGUCUGUGCAUAUGUAUUGUAUGCUAGCUUCCCGCGAAUGGUGCUGAUAAACACGAUGACUCCUGCCAAAUCAUUUGGGCGGUGACGAGAGUUGACUUUCUCAAACCAGUGCAACCCACAAUGCCAAAGAUUUUCGCGAGGUUUUAUUUCAGCGGCAAAUCCGACUCUUACAUCGCACCCAUGGAGUGCCCUGAACGCAAUCUCGCCUGCUGAGGGCCAGAACUGUUUAGGGAAUCAUCUCGAGUGGCAGCAAAAACCACAGCCGAGUGGCUUUGUACAAGAUCGACUUCAUUGUCGACAGGAGCCUUUACUCUCUCGGCCGAAACUCGACUGGUAAUAACGGAGCAGGGCAGUCUAAAUGAUACCUAGGACUGUAUAGAGUGCUGAUGUUGAACAGAAGAGACAGGACGGCGCUUGAGAAGUGCCCCUCUGCCUGGUGUAGCAAGUAUUUAAGAUGGCCUCCUUGUACUCAAAUACGCAUGGAUUUCUCCGUUUUCAUCCGGGUUUUAAGAUGAGUAGUCUUUGCAAUACGCCUAUGGCCAACUCUCCUCCUCGUGUAGAGCACAUGGAGCAUAUUCCAAAAUGUUCCCGCAACCGUCGUAAACCAGCACGUUGAGAUGCUGCACGCAAAAGUAGCGUGUGCGGUCUUUGUUCUGAAUAACAUUGCCGUCCUGGAUACAUACUUGUAUGCAAAACGACGUCGUAUUGUCCGCGGAGAACUGUUAGUUAUUUUCAUGCACAGAUUUGCAGCUGGUAGAAGACACUGAUAUCUACUCCGGACAUGCAAGACAUUUAAUGCCAUAAUCCAUCGGUCACGGGCUUCGGACAAGGUGAUGAGUCAACUGUCGUGUGCGAACCUUCUUGAACAAUUCCUUUCAAUUCUCAGUCGCUACCUAUAGAACAUGGCAGUCGACGCAAGCAAAAAGCUGUCCGCAGAAGAAUACGAUAAGCUCAGUGAAGCUGAUCGGGAGGCGUAUGACAAGGCAAGAAAAGAAAAGGAAGAUGCAGAACAAGCAAGUCUUCCAUACACUUGGAAGCAGACCCUGCAGGAGGUCGACAUUACUGUACAGGUACCAAAGGGCAUCAAGGGGCGAGAACUCAACGUGCUCAUCCAGAAGCGACGACUGAAAGCGGGUUUGAAGGGCCAGGAUCCUAUCCUGGAGGGAGAAUUAUGUAAUGACAUCAAAGUAGACGAUAGCACAUGGACUUUGGAUAAUGGUGAACUCUUGAUACAUCUGGAGAAAGUAAAUCAGAUGGAAUGGUGGAAGAACGUGUUAACACACCACCCGGAGAUCGAUACGACCAAGAUCCAGCCGGAGAAUUCUAAAUUGUCGGAUUUAGAUGGAGAGACCAGGGCAAUGGUGGAAAAGAUGAUGUUUGAUCAGCAGCAGAAGCAAAUGGGAAAGCCAACCAGCGAUGAAAGAAAAAAAGCGGAGAUGCUAAAGAAAUUCCAGGAACAACAUCCCGAAAUGGACUUUAGCAAUGCAAAGUUCAGCUGAUCGUCGGGCGCAAUACUGGGAUCCAUUGUAUAUGAAUCUUCCUGGAAAUUGUAAAGCAAGUGAAACGAAUUUGAAAACCACAUGGUUUGCCCCGAGAGCAAAACUCUUACGAAAACAUCGUCGAUGUGCAAGGGAUGAAUAUUCAAUACUAACGAAAGAUCUAAAAUGCAUAAAUUACAAAAGACUACAUAGUUGCCUAUUUACAAGAAAUCGCGCUUCUUCGCGGUGCGUUGAUAUGGUCUAAACACCCAUUCGGUGUCUGCCUCCGUGAUAUCCACUGUUCCCAGCUUGAUUUCGUAUACUAAACAUGAUGCAUCCAGUUAGCUUCAUUGCUUUCAUGAUGGGUACAGAAGUAUACGUACAUCGCAUCUCAAAA